UCCUGGUAGUUUCUGUUCAGUGACAUAAACCAGCAGCAGCAGAAGAAGAAGGUUGAUCGACACAUUUUUCAGUGUGUCCGAGUGUUGCUGUGCGUUUUCUGAGCCAGCAGUCAGACUGUGGUCGGUUCUCCGGUUGGCAGCAGCAUCAUGGCGUCUGGAGGCCCGAUGAUGAACGGCGACAUCUCUCGCUCUCCUAAUCAGUCCGGCACUCUGGAGGAAACCCUGCAGCAGAUGAACAUCCUCAUUCAGGAGAACAGAGACCUGAAAGAGGCUCUGCGUCAGACCAACCUCACAAUGAAGGAGCGCUUCGAGGGACUUUCUGUGUGGCGGGAGAAGCAGAAACAAGAGCGAGACUUCCUGGAGGGUCGGCUGGAGGAGGCUCGGGGCCGAAUGGAGACGCUGAGCCUCCAAAACCAGGAGCUGAGCAAGAGGCUGGAGGAGUCAGAGAGGGCAGGAGGAGCCCCGGGAGGACGGCAGAGUGCAGAGAUGGAUGCUCUGCGUGCCCAGCUCGCUCGCCUGCAGGCAGAGAAGAACGACCUGGUGGCCCUGAACUCUGAGCUGCAGCUAAAAGCUGAGCAGGACUCCCGAGAGGACUCAUUUAUUGAAAUCAUUAAAGUGUCGGUGAGGAUAUUUACGAACGGCGAGGGAAAAAAAGAAACGCAGCAGUAUUCUGAUGGGGGCAUAGAUGGUCUGAAUGAAGCAUGUGGUGCUGAACGCAGCAGACGUCCAGACCUGAGCAUGACGUCGUCCCGGAUGGACAGCGAGGAGGUGACGGUCAGCCAGCUGCUGCAGUCCCUGAGGAACGAGACGCAGAGAGGCGAGAGGCUGCAGGCAGAGCUGCAGGCGUGCGCUGCCAGAAUUAGAGAGCUGGAAGAAAGGAAGCUUAGUACAGAGGAAUCAACCCAGACGGCUGAGCCAGAGACUACAGAGACCAAGGAGGAUCCUAGGAAGGAGGACAAGGCAGCUUCCGAGGUGGAGAAUCUGAAAUCUCAGAUGAUGACGCUCUUCAAAGAGCUGCAGCAGGCCCAAAGCAAGCUGGAUGAAGCUGAAGGCAUGAAGAAGAACCUGCAGGACAGAUGUCGGGAGGUGGAGCAGGAUGUUGUGACUCUGAAGGCUCAGCUGGUGGAGAAACAGGCCGUUCAGUCGGAGAACGACCGGCUGAAGCUGCAGCUGGGCAGCAUGCAGGCCCAGAGCCUGAUGGAGCAGAGGAAGGCUGGCGAGGAGAGGAACAACCUGGCACAGCUGAAGGACGCCUACACCAAGCUGUUUGAAGACUACACUGAGCUUAAGGAUGAGAGGAAGAAGCGAGAGGCUCAGUUGGUGGAGAAGGACGUGGUGGAUGAGCUGCAGCAACGGCUGACCGCUGCUGAAGAAGCUCUGGCUGUUAAACAGAACAAGAUUGAUGACAUGAAGCAGGAGAUGUUCCAGAAGGAGAAGGAGCUGGAGACCAUAUCUGUCUUCCAGGCUCAGGCCGAGGUCUACUCCUCAGACUUCUAUGCAGAGCGAGCAGCGAGGGAGAAGCUCCACGAAGAGAAGGAGCGUCUGGCUGCUCAGCUGGAGUAUAUAAAGAAGCAGAACAGCCAGCUGCAGGAGGAGAUGGACUCAUUGGGCCGACGCUCACUGAACGAGAUGCAGAGGAGACACGUGCCACCAGCAGGAAAUCCACACGGAGCAGGGGCAAGUCUGGUUGGAAGAGGUACUGACUGGCAGCAUCAGGGGAAUAUUCCUGAACACGCUUGUCCUAAAUGUAAUGAGAUCCUACCCGACCUGGACUCCCUGCAGAUCCACAUCAUGGACUGCAUCAACUAGACCGCCAUCAUUACACCAAUCACAACAACAGCAGCUGCAUUAGCACCUUAAUCUGAGUCUUCCUCUGCUUUGACCUGUACCUCUUCUAUCUGAUCCCUGUGACGUCACUCCACAGAUCCCAUGUAAGGUCCGUAAUAUUCAUUCUAGGAUGGGAACACUUCGCUUUUCAAGGCAUUUAAGCAGAUGGAUUUCAAAAGUCUGGAGUCUGGAAAUGCAUGUGAAAAGAGUUUGUCUGUUCUAAUUUGUUGUACAUUUGAAAACUGUAUUUGGAACAGAUUCUAAAAUAUAUCAUAGGACACGUCCUCUUGUAUGUUUUGGGUCCAUGCCAUCUGGCACAGUCUCUUUGAUGCUGUAGUGACUGGAAACAAGCUAAGGAUGAAAUUCUUCAGGACAAAACAAGUCUGGAACAGCAACUGCACGAACCCUUGGGUAGGAUUUCAGUUCGGUGCUGUCUGUCACUUGCACAUUAAUUAAUCAACCAAAGUUAAGCCUUUCCCAGUUGCUUUUGUUUACUAAGUAUUUGAUUGCUGAAGGCUUUUUAUAUUUUUUGAAGGUUUCCUUUUCAAAUGAAGAUGAAAAUUCCUUCUAUAUUUUUUCUCAGUAAGGAUAUUUAACUCUUGAUUGGGGUUUUGGUGUUGGUGGGGAAAACAAGGAGCAUGCACCAUGUAGGCACUUUAAUAAGAAGAUCUAUAUUUUGUUUGAACUCUGCAAUGAUACCCAGUAGUUAGUACACAAUAUAUUUAACUUGUUAAUCAACCUGUUAUUGUAGUGCAGGAGGCUCGUUGUGGAGUCUUUCUGAUUCCAUGUUGUAAAUCUGUGAAAGUAAAUAAAAGUCUUUUCAAAUUUG